UUUUUUUUUGCAAUUUUCGGAUUCUUCGACUUCAACAGACCUCGAAUUUACUGGCGAGGAUAAUUCUCUACAAACUACAGAACCUGCUUUACCUUUAUGGCACCCUUUUCCAACGAAUUGGUUUUCGCCCUAUUUAAUGUCUACUAGACCACUUACUGUGACAGCCGGCACUCCUUUAAGACAGCAAACAACGCCUAUAUUAUUUCAAAAUAAUUUGGAAAAUUGGGGCCCUAAUAGACUGCCUCAGUGUCCUUUCUGGGCAACAUAUUGCAAUUUUCCCUUAUAUGGGCGUCUACUACAAGAAUUGUGUCCGCAAACUUGCGCAGCAGCAUUUCAGAAAUCUGCAUUUUCUUAUUCUAAUUUAAGAAUGCAAAAUCCAAUGUUUAAUAAGAACGUGAAGAGAAGAAGGAGAAGGUGA